GGUUGGGGGCGGUGGAGAGGGUCCGUGGGCUGCGGGGCUCCGGCUAGGAGACCCCAGAAGGAGCGGGCUGCCUCUCCUCCGGCUGGGUCCGUCAGACUCUGACAUGGCCAGGGAGCGGGCCUGCGAGUCCCCGGAAGAGGUAGGGUGGCCGCCUCGUCUGCCCUGAGUGCCUCGCCUCCCGGCAGGGCUGGAAGUCGCCCUGGAUUAGGGAAUAGGGGCGCAGGGCGGCUUGGGAAGGUCUGUAAGGCCGAACCGGGGCUGGGAAGCGAGGACCGAGACUAGGUCAGAAGGGUCCUGCUGCCCAUGAAGGGCUACUCCACCUGCUGCCGCACUGACACUUCCUAGGAGCCCCUCCUUCUGGUCCAAAAACACCCGAGGGAGGACGGCUGUCACUGUCUCCGCCGAGGGGAGCUGCUCCUGAGCGAUUGUUAAAGGGCCUCGUCUUGCCACUUACAGUAGGGGGAGGACUGAAUACUACAGUUGGGAGGUCGAAAUGAUGUUUUCGACGAACUUCGCUGGUUCAGAGGGGCUCCGUGUGAGCGUGCCCAAGUUAAUCUAGUCCAACAAGUCAGACUCUGUCCCAAACAGGGAGGGAUAUGCUUUAAAAGCUACUUUACAAGAGCCAUCCUUCUUGGCGGGCGACCUGGCGGUAAUUCUGUGAAGCAUGUAAUCAUCCUUUAAAAAUAUCCCUGUAAAAGCAGCAACUUAUUGGAGCUUUUCUCUCAUUGGCUACAUAAUUGUGUUCUCAUUGAGGACGACUUACUUUGAGAUUGUGGUUUUUGAUUUGUUUCUGGGAAGAGAGAGGAAAUUAAUGCACCCUCAGCGUCCUAACAUGGGAAAAGGUGGUAAAAAUUAAUUUACAAAUGUUCGGUCAGUGUGAAGAUAAAUUGUGCAUCCUGAAGAGUGAACAUUCCCUAGGACUUGAUAUAUCCAGGUCCAGUACAGUGUUUUUGCUUGGGAAUAAGAACUAGGAAAGUGACAAUGCUAUCGAAUUGUAGCAAGUUGUCUCAUUCGUUCAAGGUGAAGCUUUUUUUUUUUUUUUUAGCCUUUGUGAUAAUAAGUGUACUUCUGUGUUUGGGAUAUGCUGUUAGAAGUUACUGAAAGCAAAUCCCUUGACUCCCCCCCGCCCACCUUUGGAAUUGGGACAGUGUGAAAUAGUAGUCCAGGAGCUGAAACUUUUUACUCCUAGUCCCAACUAUGUCACUGAUUUACUUGUUGGGUGACCUUGGACAAGUUAUUCAGCUUCUAAUUGCACUUCUAUAAAAAGAGAAUAUUGCAAUGCAUAUGUUUUAAUUAAUAAUAUAUUAACUGUAAUGAACUUUUAAGAUCCUGAAGCACUAGGUAGAUGCAGAACAUAGUUAAACUAAGCAUAAAGAGUAACUGUCAAACAGGAAGCUGCUGUCUUGAUAUUGAUACUAGGACUGGAAGGAUCAGCUUUUUCCCUGGAAAUAAGGUCAGCAUUUUAAGUUACUGAAAUUUAUAUAAAAAUACAAAAUGCUAAAAAAAACUAAAUUCACUGACAGUAGCAAUUACUAAUGGAGACACUUUUUUUUUUUUAAAGUUUUCUUUGAAAGAUUAUUUCUGAAGCAUUCUAAUGGCAAACCCUUUUGGCCCUGGCUUGCAUCAUAAAAGCUGGGCUCUUGCCUGGAAGCAUCCAUACAAAAACAAAACAAAACCAAACAACCCCAUUGCUGUCCAGAUGAUGCUAACUCAUAGUUCCAUCUCAUAGUCCAACUCAUAGUUCUGACUCAUAGCGACCCUAUAGGACAGAGUAGAACUGCCCCACAAGGUUUCCAAGGAGUGGCUGGUGGAUUCAAACUGCCGUCCUUUUGGCUAGCAGCCUAAGCUCUUAACCAUUGUGCCACCAGAGCUCCAUCCAUACAAUAGUGCUCUCUUUCAGUGGACACUUUAUCCGCUAAAAGAGCUUUUCAAAACUGCACCAAAAAAUUAUUUUAAACAAGACAAAUCUUAAGCAUGUAAAUUGCCUUUACCUGCAUAAUUUAUUUGAACACUUUAACUUUUUUGGUAGAUUUUUGUUUUUGAUGUGGUGAUAACUUUGGAGAGACAUUUGUAUUAGAUGGCAGACAUUUCAAAUCUAGACAUUGUAAUUUUUUUGUUUUUCAUGAAUGAGUUAGCAUUUAUUUGUUAUUUCUGAAUAGAAGUGAUUGUUUUCGUGUCUCUUUAUUUUCCGAUUUUGAAAUACAGCAAAUAAUUUAUUCUUAAUCAGAAUACCAAGAUUUAUUUUUGGCUUUAGGAGUUAUAAAUCUGUUUUGGAAAGUUAGUUAUUUUGACUUUUGUCUUCCAUUUUUUUCUUUUAGGAACAUAAAGUUUUACAAUAAUUAUUCAGGUCAUUCAGAAGUUCUAAUUGGAUGAAUAAAUUCAACUUAAAUCUUCAUGUAAAAUAAGUGGAAAGUAGGUCUUUAAAAUUUUUUUUUAAAUCAUGAACUGUGUGCUGCCAUUCCUGAGAGGAAGAAAGCUCUGCUGGGAGAAUGGAGUGAUGAGAAAGUAGUCUAAAAUCUAAGCAGAGGGGUGUAAUGUUGGCCUGUUUUAAACAUUUGCACAUCAGUUUCUAGAGCUGGAAGGGACCUUAGUGCUUUUGUAGCUCCACCUCCUAAGAGAAAACCAAGACUAGAGAGGUGAUGUCAAACUGUGUUACAGUUGUUUCUCACGGCAAGGAAAAUGAAGCCCAGCUGACUCUAAAGAUCUGUCUUAGUGAGAAGAGCAUGGUUACACCUUUUGAUCACAAGGAUGGAUAUCAUACAUUGCAGGCAUUUUAAAGUUUACCCCAGCAUUUUGCUAUAUAGUGUCACAUUUAAUCCUUAUAGCAAUCCUGUAAGGUAGAUGAAAGCAUCUUUUCACAAGCCAGGAAGUUCGGAAUGGGAUUUCUUGUAUGAGGAGAUGUAGUUUGUGAAUUUAUUUUGCUUAAAUAAAGAUAGCAUGGACGUUGGUUUAAUUCCAACACUAAUCAUUUCAGUAAAGAUUUGCGUGACUAAUAGGAGUUAUACUAGGCAAAACGAUGUGGGAUAUUCAAAGAUGCAUAAAACCUUGCCUGCCCCUUUCCACAAAGAACUUUCACUUUAUUAACUUUCAGACAUCUUCGUAGCAUACUUUGCUUUCCCUUUUUCUCACCUGGAAAGAGAUUGUUUUAAGAUAAAGAUGCCAGAGAUAGCUGGGCUUAUUUGACCAACUCAUAUUAUGGAGACCUGUUUUUACAUAAAUGUGAAUGGCCUUCAUUCAGAUCUCAGUGUAAACAUCACUUCCUCAGCAAAUCCUUCUUUGAAUUCUCUGGCUAGAUCAGUUUUCCCCUAUUACAUGUUCUUGAAGCAUCCCCACUUCACUUUCCUAGCAUUUUUCUUAAUUUGUAAUUCUCUGUGCGACUAUCUGAUUAUCUCCUCUAUAAACAAAGCUCCCUCCGAAUAGGGACCACGUGUUUCCUGCUCUUGCUGCGUCCCCAGUGCACAGCAGUGUCCAGCAUAGAGUUGGCCCUUACAGUGUAUUUGUUGAGAGAUGGAGUUAAGGGCCUGUCCAUGUCCACUUGUGUCAUACUUUAGAGAGAUCUUCAGAAGCAGUUCAAUUUUGGGCUUCAAAGUAACGGGUAUUUUUAGUAACUCACAUCUUUUUAAAGAUAUUUCAAACUGUUGUUACUAGGUGACAAAUUUAGCUUUCUUUCAAUUGGGAAAUCGUGUAGCAAGAGACAGUGAAGUAAUGGAAAGUAAUAGGAUUACUUUUGAUCUAAUUCUGUCAUGUACUGACAAACAACUUUUAAAAACGUUACUCAGAAUUACUUGUAUUCAAGCCCAGGAAGCUUACCUUUUUCCCCCAUUCUAAGAUUCCAGGCCACAAAUGUAUGGCCCAGAGAUGCUAUUGAAGCAAUUGUAGAAUUAGAUGGCUUCUAAGGCCUUUUCAAAUCUUAAGGUUGUAUAAUUCUCUGCUAAAUAAUAUUUUUAUGAAAGUAAAUUUAUUUUUCUACUCAGGAGGUGUCUUCAUGUCUUGGAUUCGUUGCCUGCUUCUUAAAUGGUAACUGAGGGGGGUAGGAUGUGUUGUGAAAGCAAGUUGAAAACAUUGUGAUUCCAGGUCUUUAUACUAGAAAAAGCUUUGUACUCACCAUCCUGGGAUGAAACUGGGGCCAAAAGAGUCCAUUGAGGACAGCUAGAAUAUUUUUAGAGCAGAGUUUUACCGGGAUGGUAAUGGGUUGACUUGGGAAGGAAUGAGCAUUCCAUUACUUGAAGUAUUCUCUUUUUCAAAAACCACAGGAUUACCUGUUGGUGACACUGAAGGAAUUUCUGGUUUGCGUGGGAGGGUGAACUAGAUAGAAACCUUUUAAAGGCAUUAAAUAUUGGACUGCUCUGGAGAAGGUCAUGUUCACAUCCUCCUCUCCAUUUGUAAUGCUCACAUCUCCCUUCUUCCCGUUUAUAAUUUAGAAAGAGGCUUACAAGUCUAUCAGAUUUACUUUGAGAAAUUUUGUACUUAAUUUAGUAGGGGACAUAUGGGAAUGCUGAAUGAGUGGAAACCUGUAUUUCUUUUCCAUUAAGGGCUACUUACUUAUGGACUUCUGAAAUAUUGAUAAGAUUUUGUUGACUAUAGAAUCUUUUCUACUGAGGGGAAAAUGUUUUACUUGAUCACUUAAAGCAGGCUUGAGACAGUUUCAUAUGGCACCUUGGUUUUCUUGACCUUGAAGAAGAGGGUGGUGAUGAGAUUUUGAGCAAUGGCCAGAGGCUCCCAGAGUAUAUCAGUAACACACCUUUGAAAUCCGUGAGGUAGUCAUGAAUGUCAUUCUUUCAGCAAGUAUUUUACGGAGUGGGCCUGCCAAGUACAAGGCACUGUUGUAGAUGCUGGGAGUAGACAAGGUCCCUGUCCUCCAGAAACUUGUCAACUCUAUUUAUUAUCGUUGAGUUAAUCUAGUGACUUAAGUGGUAUUUAUUAUGUUUUAGUAGAAAACUUGGGCAAGAAUCAAAACAUAGUUAGGAUUUUGUCACUGACUGGUUUGGCUAUAUGCCUAAAGAACCUUAUUUUAAAAAGAAAUGUGGUGGUUUUUAUAGUCUGAUAUUUGAUGUCUUAGGAAAUAAUUUUAUUUAUAUUUCAGUGAGGCUAGUUUGUGCAAAAAUAUUAAAUGUGAUCCUAUUUGGUUAUCCAGUAGAGAGCAUUAAAAAUAGAAAUAGCUUUAAUUGGGUGGGCAUUCCCAGUUUUAAUUUUCAAGACAUUUAGAAUUGUCUAAGGAUAUCAGUGACAAGUUACCUUAUUUUCUGAACAUUUGGCAUAUACUUUUUAUAAGAGUACAAGGUAUGUCUUGUUUUUUGAAAAAUAGCCCUCGUUCAUCAAGUGUGUGUUGACGACAUGUUACAUACAAGGUACUGCUGUCUUGUGGAGGAUGUUGUUGUUAGUUGCUGUCGAGUGCAUUCUCACUCAUGGCAAUCCCAUGUAUGCAGAGUUGAACUGCUCCGUAGUGUUUUCAAGGCUGUGUCCUUUUGGAAGCAGAUAGCCAGGCCUUCCUUCUGAGGUGCCUCUGGGUGGGUUUGAACCAUCAAGCUUUCAGCUAGUAGUCCGGUGCUUAACCAUUUGUGCCACACUGAGAUUUCUUCGUGGAUAAUAUGAAGGUGAAGUAGGACAUACUACCUUUGCCCGAAAAGUUUGUAUUCUUGUACUGAGGACUCAUAUAUAAAGUAGAAAGCGUGUACUUUGUUAGUGGCAUAGGCAAUACAAGUGAGAAAAAAAAAAAAAAGUUGAGUGGAUUCUGACUCAUGGCAACCUCUUUUGUUUUGGAGUAGAACUGUGCUCCGUCGUGUUUCCAAUGGCUGAUUUUUUUAAAGUAGAUAAUCAGGUCUUCUGAAGCGCCUCUGGGUGGCCUCAAACCGGCAGUCUCUUGGUUAGCAGCUGAGCACCGUAACCGUUUGCACCCACCAUUGACUCCUCAAUACCAGUAUCAGGAGGAAGUAAGGAGUGAAGGUGAAGUGGAGAAGUAUUUCUCUGCCCAGCAGGAGAAGAAUACUGGGUUGGGUUUCAGAUAGUUGAUUUGCCCUAAAAUGUUGGGUACAGAUCAUAUUUUUGUAAAUUUUAAGACUUGUUGCUUUGUAUUUCUAAUUUUGGUAAUGCUUUAUCUUCAUUUCUGAUCUUCAUUUGGCAGUUGCUCUUACCUUCUCUGCCAAAAUUGGUGAUUGGUAAAAUUGAGUAAUAUUUUGCAAUAUACAUUGUCAGUUCUAUUUUGUAGAUAUGGAUUUUCUUAAAGGAGGGUGCACGGUACUAAAAACAUGCCAGAAGAGUCUCUGCUACCCUUCACCUUGUUUUGUAGCAGUAGGAAAAUGUGCUUGGAACUGUAGAUUUUUAGAAGGAAAAAACAAGAACAAUUCAUUAGGAAGGAAUUGAUGAGGUGUUUAUAUUAAAAAACUUGAGAAUCAUUCAAGAGGAGGGAAUAUUGUAACAUUUUCUCAAUUAACCACAUUGUGGCUUAUCCCCAUGACCGGAAGCUGUUUUUCCUUUUGUUGGUUCACAACUAGAUCACUGUUCUACUAUGCUUUUUUAUUUCUCCCCUGCUACAGAGAAACUGGUAGAGGUGAUCAUUCUCUUUGUUUAAGACGUUGGUUGAUCUCUGCUUCAGAGGCACUGUGUUGUCCUCAAGUUUCAUUCAGUAACUACUUGAGUGGUUCUUGUGUGAAAAACAGUAUAUAAGACUUUGAGAAAUCAAAGAAGUAUGACACAUAGACCUUGACCUUGAGAAGGUUAUCAUCUAACCAAGGAGACAAGAAACUCAGACACUCCUUUACUCUGUGAAGAUUUAUUGAGUGCCUGUGCUAAAUCGUUGUUGAGACAGAGUGUCUGCCAUCCAGGAGUUCACAGUCCAGUGGAAUAAUAAAUGGCUUAUUUAUUCAGCUAACAUUUAUCGGGCCUGUGGACCCAAAGACAAAGAAGACAUAGUUCCUGGCCUAACAUGCUUACAAUCUAGAGGUGAGGUGGGCAAGUAAAUCAACAACGGUAGGACAGCUCAUAAAAACCAGUCACAAUUGAGUGCUGCCUGUUAGGUGCUGUGUACGAUUGUGAAAAGGUAAAUGCAUAGCUCUCAACAGUUUACAAGGCCUUUUCAUUUUCUCCUCAAAACAAUCUUUUGGGGGGACAUUUUCAUUUGACAGAGAGCUUGGAAUAUGCUAACAGGUACUCAGGGAAUAUGGCAUAGCCGGGUGUGACUCCAAGGCCACCAGCUGGGCCUUCUAUGCAGGGUUUGUGUCAGCAGUGAAGUGCAAGCACCGAGGCCUGCCAUCCUGAUGUCAUUCCAGAGAAUAGGAGAUGGCAGGCCGGACAGUAGUUAGGAAAUAUUUCAUAGAAAAGACAUUACUCAGGUACUCCAGUGCUUUCUCUUAGAUGUAGGGAAAUGAGCUGCACAUCCCUGGUAGAAUUGAAGAGGGAGAUAGCAAGGUAUAAUAGACCAUGUCAUAAUAAUGGCCAGUGUUUACUAACUGGGCAUCGUGCUAAGUGUUUUCAUGCAUGAUGUAAUUUAAUCCGUGAAAAUGAAUACUGCUAAUAUCCCCAUUUUAUAGGUGAGAAAACUGAGGUUUAUAGAGAUUGAAUUAUUUGCAUAAGGUCAUAAAACUAGCAUGCAGCUGUCCUGGGGUUUGAAUCCAGGUCUGUUUGACCUUAGAGCUAGAGCACUUAACCAGUAAAUUAGUCUGCACAGGACUAGGAGUCUCAAUGGGAGCUCUGGUCUGUAUUAGACCGGAACUUAGUAGUUCAUUCUGUGCCCUCCUUAAAAAAAACUAGUUGCCAUCAAGUUGAUCCCAGCUCAUGGUGAUCCCACGUGUGUCAGAGUAGAAGUGUGCUCCAUAGGGUUUUCCGUGGCCGAAUUGAAAGUAGAUCACCAGGCCUUUCUUCCGUAGUGCCUCUGGGUGGAACUGCCAGCCUGUUGGUCAGCAGCUGAAUGCGUUAACCAUUUGCACCACACAGGUACUCCGUGCUCUCCUUGUUGGUGUUGUGUGCUGUGGAGUCAGUUUCAACUUACAGCAACACUUGAAGACAGAGCAGAACUGCCGCAUAGGGUUUCCAAGCCUGUGAUCUUUACGGAAGCAGACCGCCACAUUUGUUUCCUGCAGAGUGGCUGGCUGCUGACUUGAGUAAACCAAUAGAUAAAAGGAUUUACAAAGGAACACAGCCUACUUGUCAUGACUUCAACCACCUAACAGCCACAGCAGAAAGUGUCUCUCUCCUAGUGGGCUUUUCCGCAGGCCAAGUCCAGCUUAUAGACCCAGUCAAAAAAGAAACUAGCAAACUAUUUAAUGAGGAAAGACUAAUAGACAAGUCACGAGUAACCUGUGUCAAGUGGGUGCCCGGCUCAGAAAGCCUUUUCCUAGUAGCUCACUCGAGUGGGAGUAUGUACUUGUAUAAUGUGGAGCACACUUGUGGCACCACAGCCCCCCACUACCAGCUCCUGAAGCAAGGGGAGAGCUUUGCUGUGCAUACGUGCAAGAGCAAGUCCACGCGGAACCCUCUCCUCAAGUGGACAGUGGGCGAGGGGGCCCUCAACGAGUUUGCCUUCUCCCCAGACGGCAAGUUCUUGGCAUGCGUGAGCCAGGACGGAUUUCUGCGGGUGUUUAACUUUGACUCAGUGGAGCUGCAUGGCACCAUGAAGAGCUACUUUGGGGGCCUGCUGUGUGUGUGCUGGAGCCCAGACGGCAAGUACAUAGUGACGGGCGGGGAGGAUGACCUGGUGACGGUCUGGUCUUUUGUAGACUGCCGUGUAAUUGCAAGAGGCCACGGGCACAAAUCCUGGGUCAGCGUGGUGGCUUUUGACCCCUAUACCACUAGUGUAGAAGAAAGCGACCCUAUGGAGUUUAGUGGCAGUGAUGAGGACUUCCAAGACCUUCUUCAUUUUGGCCGAGACCGAGCAAAUAGCACACAGUCUAGGCUAUCCAAACGGAACUCUACAGAGAGUCGCCCUGUGAGCGUGACGUAUCGGUUUGGCUCAGUGGGCCAGGACACACAGCUCUGUUUAUGGGACCUGACGGAAGACAUCCUUUUCCCCCACCAGCCCCUCUCAAGAGCAAGGACACACACAAAUGUCAUGAACGCCACGAGUCCCCCUGCUGGCAGCAAUGGGAACAGCGUCACGACACCUGGGAACUCCGUGCCCCCUCCUCUCCCGCGGUCCAACAGCCUCCCCCACUCAGCAGUCUCCAAUGCUGGCAGCAAAAGCAGUGUCAUGGACGGGGCCAUUGCUUCUGGGGUCAGCAAGUUUGCCACCCUCUCGCUGCAUGACCGGAAGGAAAGGCACCACGACAAAGACCACAAACGCAACCAUAGCGUGGGACACGUUUCUAGCAAGAGCAGCGACAGACUGAACCUAGUUACCAAAACCAAGACGGACCCCGCUAAGACUCUGGGCACGCCUCUGUGUCCUCGAAUGGAGGAGGUGCCCUUGUUAGAGCCGCUGAUUUGUAAAAAGAUAGCACACGAGAGGCUGACUGUGUUAAUCUUUCUGGAAGACUGUAUAGUCACUGCUUGUCAGGAGGGAUUUAUUUGCACGUGGGGAAGGCCUGGGAAAGGGCAGGGGACCAUCGGCAAGGCCCUUCCUGGUCCUGGCACACCCUCACCCCUGGGGGUUGAAGCGGCUGAAAGAGCGCCACCUGGCGGGCAGGGGCAGCCAAGUCCACACUCUCCACUUGAAAGCACCUGUGUUCAGCUGUUCCCUUCGCGACUCAGACCCCAAGGUGAAGACAGAUGAAAACGCCCCCUGGGGAGGACACGGCGCCCUGGUCUCAGCUGCUCACUCAUCGCCGCUUGGGCUCCAUGAACCGUGUGUGGCCACUAAAUUGCUGUCUCGAUUUAAAAGUGUAAAAACAAAACCCCCUGCAUUUUUUAUGAUCUCUGUAUACCCGCAUUUGUUAAAGGUGGUGAUGUUAGACGACGCUGUACAGAGCUGUGUGAACACUUACCUUCCCUGGAAAUCAAAAGCUGUAUUUCCUUCUCCACAUUCUCAUCUAAUGUCUUGACGACUUGAAUAAAUUUCAUGAAGAGCCUUCCUAACAUGGAAUAUUGGUAAAUUACGGUCUUAAGCGUUAUAGUAAUCACCGAAGCUUUGAUACCAGUAUUGUUAUUUUAUAAUUUUAAGAAAAUCAUGUUUCUGUCCUCACAGCUUUUCUUUUAGCUGGUCACUUGUCACUGUUACAGCUAAAGAAACUCACUAAACACUUGACGUUAUGAAGAAUUUUGGGAUUGUCCUCUGUAUACUGACAUCAAAUAAAAAUAUGUGAAUGAAUUGCAAAUGUAGAUAAUUUUUAAUAGACACUUUGACAUCUAAGCUUUAAAAAAAAUCUCAGUGAACCAAAAAAGAAAAGCUUUUCAAUGCUGUAGAAUGAAAGGCCUUGUUAAUGUUGACAGAACCUGUAGCUGCAGGCGUUUCCACGUGUGCUUACCAAUCCCGUUUCUCUUGGCAAGACGUUGUCAGAGGAGACAUGUCUUCUGAGUGUCUGCGGCCUGGUUGCUGUGUGCCUCGUCAGUGCCGGUUCCUGGGAGGACUGCUAGCUGCAUCCUGCUGGCAGUGUGGGUUCUGCCCAGUGGGACCUGUGCACAAGGGCCCGGGGCUGCUCAGUGAGCAGGGACAGUGCAGACACUAGGAGCAGGGCAGGGGACAGUCCCACUGAUGGUGUCCUGCUGUGAGAUGCUGUCCCCUCCCUUCUCCAAUCCCAAGGGCUUCAGGCAGGAAUUCAGGGCCAAACCCGCAAGGCCCACCACAAGUGGUGACAGGUGAGGGUGUGGGCCCACACACUUAUCUCCUGUCGGGUCCUCGGGCCCAGUUAACUUUGAUUUCCCUGCUGUUUCCUGGGAUGCAGGGCCCGGCACCUGGCCUAGUAAGGCCUCUGGGACAGUCUGGCUGUCUUCCCCAGGGGGGCAGCUUUGGUCCUACUGUCUUCCCACCCUUACUGCCAGAGGGGGACCGUGGAACCUCUAUGCUGCCCGAGUGGGGGCUUCAGGGCCUCUGUGUUGCCCGAGUGGGGGCCACAGAGCCUCUUUGCUGCCCAAGUGGGGGUCUUGGGGCCUCCGUGCUGCCCGAGUGGGGGUCUCGGAGCCUCCGUGCUGAGUCCCCUCUUCCUGCCACCUACCUGGAGAGGCCAGAGCAGUGCAGAUAGAGUCAGCCCCAGAGGCAGUCGCUGGGACCUCCCACCACAAGUGCAGUGCUUUUUCAUCUGAGCAUUGAGUAGAUCUUAGGCCCAAAAG